ACUGUCAAAAACAUGAGGCUGCAUUUAGGGCUACGUUCGAAUAUUCUACGCGUCGGGUUGAGUAAUUUUAAGUGACCAAUCAAGAUGAAGAAAUCUUAAGAAACCUCAAGAUUUCUUUAUCCUGAUUGGUCGCUUAAAGUUACUCUAUCCGACGAAUAGAAUUUUUGAACGCAGCCCUGCGGACUCAACAGUUGAGUCCGUUGAACGUACAUCAUAGUUACACAUUUUUUCAGACACCAACAAUAAAAGGAUCAACAUAGGAAUGAAGAGUGACGCUACUCACAAGGAUGGAGAACUUAACCACGUGGUACUAUGGUUAUUGUUCAUAACAAAAAUACAACGGCCUUUUAAAGAACACGGUGAGCUCAGACCUGCUCAACUGCUCAAACCGUCCUAGACCUGCUUGAACCGUCUGAGCGUCUUGGAAACGAAAAUCUCGGAAGGAGGAGAGAUUUUCUAAAAAUAAUUUAAGUCUCAACAGUGAAAAUUUAAUUUCACGACGUAACGGCGAGAUUAACCAAAAAUUCUCGGAGCGUGGCUCAAUUUAAAAACGAAUGCCGGCAACAUCUAAACAAAAGAAGUUCAAGACGAAUAUUAUCUCGAGCGACGCAGUUGUAUCUGAUUCCAUUAAUCUCGAAUGCUCGCAAGUCGUCGUGGGCUAGAAUACAAUACAUGAGUCGGUUUUGCACCUAUCCAAUUGGACAAUCGAUUCAUGUGAAUCACUUAUUGGCAACAUGAUUGAAUCUGUUAGCCACUGAGUUCAGUGCUCGACAUCUUUGAAACCGUGAUAUUGCGAUUUUGUUCAAUAAUCUGGAAUCUAAUGGAUGUUAAAGAAGAAGAGAUAAGACGCAAGGCGUGGUAAUACAGCCAGAAUAUUAUAUAUAUAUAUAUAUAUAUAUAUAUAUAUAUAUAUAUAUAUAUAUAUAUAUACACAUUUUAAAUACUGAUGUAUAUUUAUAGAUAUACAGGUAACACAUGUGUUAUAUCUAUAAAUAUAAUACGUGAUAUACUCGGGCCGUGAAAGUUUAUGUUAGUAACGUGAACAAAGAAAAAGGAAAGCUAUUGCUUCUCAAGUGAACAUAUUUGAAGGAAAAUUACGUAUAUUUCAAAAAAGCUUUUUAGAUAGCUUUUUUAGUUCCUUCAAAAAUUAUCAGUAGUUGGUUCUAAAUAGUCUAAAUAGUAUAUGAGAAUUGUUAUAUUUGAAUAUAUGAAAAUUUUUUAUAACACAAUGUACACAUUUUUCUAUUAACUAUUAAAUUUUUGAUUAUUUUGAUUUAUUACCUUUUUCUAAAAAACUUUCCCUUUUCACUACUUCUUUUUAGAAAUAAUCUUAAUUAAUAUAAGGUUACAUCUUGGAAUUAUACAAUUCCACAAGUCACAAAACAGUCACAACUUGCUUUAUUACUUGUUUCUAUUGUUUUACGAUAAAUAAUAUAGUCAUAACGAAAAGAGCUCUUGAGACAUUUAUAUUAAAUAGAAAAUUUUAAUAAAUUAUUGCAAGAUAUUAGAAACGCUCCAUACAAAUAAAAUGGUCAUUUAAGGAAAGAAUUUAAGAAAGAAAAACUGUAAAAUGAGUUCGAAGAACACUAGAAAACGGAAACGUUCUCUUACAGACAAAAAUAAAAUAGUAUCAAAGCGUCUGCGCAAAAAUUUAAAUAUUAAAAGUGAGAAUUUAGGAUUUCUUAGUGAUUUACAAGAUGAAACUAGACAGAAUAAAUUGUAUAAAGAUUAUCAUACUCAACAUCACAGACAUUUUUACAAUCAUUUAAUCAAAGUUAUGUAUCAAUUAGACUUGUCAAUACUUUGCUCGCUUAGAAAGUUUACGUAUGAAUAUAAAUAUCCUUCAUUAUCAUUAACGUUUGAAGGUUCUGAAAUUGAAACAUUUAACAAUAUUGUUAUUCAUCAUGAAAAUAAAUCAAUUCACAUACGAAUUGAAUAUGUAGACAAAUACUAUACAGAAAAUAGUAUCGGAUAUAGCAAAUUAUUUUCUAAACCUUCAAAACACUACUCUUUACUUAAUAGUUAUUUUAAUAUUUUUACUAAAAGUGUGUUGAAAACAAAUAAUUUAUUAACAGAUGUAGAAUAUCUUAUUAUCUAUACUAAUUCAAAAUUUAAUCUUACAAAAGAGAAAACAUUUAUAAUAGGAAAAUCUAAAAAUUAUUAUCCUUUUAAAUUUGAUAACAUACAAAUUAAAGGAUGUGAUAUUUUAAAAGAUAUUCUAUUUACUAAUAAUAAUAUACAAGAGAAUGACUUUUAUCAGUUUUCACAAGAUGUAACAACAAGAGAAAAGCUUUUAAAGCACUUGGAAUUUUCGUCUUCCAUGAAGAAAGUAGUACAAGAAAGAAAACUUUCUCAGAAACUUGAAGAAAGUAUAAAAAAAGCAUUUUUUAACAAAUUAGUUUUUGCAGUUAAUCAGCCAAAUAGAGAAAAACUGAGUAGCAUUGUAAAAGUUGAAAUGAAAAAAAAAGUUGAAGGUCUAGAAUUAUAUAAAGCACUACAAGAAAGAAUAUUAUGUGACCUAAAGACUUCAUACAAGAAUAAAAACUGUGUGUUUGAUGUAUCCGAAAUUAUAUAUCAAUUUAAUUUAUUAAUGAACUUACUUCAUGACAUGUUUGUGCAUAAAAAUGUAUUUUCCGUAAACUUUGGAAAAAAUGAUAAUAGCAUUACUAUCUAUCAUCAAAAUAAAAUUUCUUACUUAUAUGUUCAUAACGCAGAUACUAAUAUAAACAGUAAUCUGUUGUUUUUCUUCGGAAAGAAAGAAAAUAUGUUUUGUAUUAAUAAAUAUUUUACACUAUUUGUUGAAGAAUUUAGUGAGGAUAUAGAACAUUUGGUUUUCUACACUAAUGCAAAUUUAGAUCUCACAACAGACAAAAAGUUCAAAGGAAAGCCAUCUAAUGAUCCCUAUUCUCUAAAAUUUAACAGUGUAAACAUUUGGGAGGAAAAAUAUAGAAUUUUGAGAUACAGUUCGUCUAUAAACGAAAAUGAUUUAUAUCAAUUCUCGGAAAAAAUAACACGAGAGAAGAUCAUAAAUAUGUUAGUACUGCCGCCUUCCUUGCAAAAAGAGAAAGAAGAGGGACGGCUUUCUAAUGAGAAUGAAAGAGAAAAAAAGGAAAAAUUUUUAGAUAAAUUGAUAUUUGCGGUUAAUCAGCCAGAUGAGAAAAAAUUAAAUACUCUUAUUAGAAAUAAGAUAAGUAAGUUAAACAAUGACCCAUACAGCUAUGAAGAAUUACAUGAAAUAACGUUACGUUGGAUAGAAUCCCAUGAGUUCGAUCCUCUUACACAAAAAAUAAUGGAAAAGUUUCUUGAAGAAAUAAAAAGUAAUAAAUCCAGUUACCAAAUAACUCCAAGUAAACACAAUAAUGAAAUUAAAUUUGCUAGAACUGUUGUUGGUGCCUGUGGGGCAAUAUCUGAAGUUAAUAAAUUCUUAGACUUUUUAAUUACAGGGAGAGGACAAAAAUACCUAACAGUUUUGAAAAAGAAAUUAACAAAUCUAAGUAACAUGUCCAAUAUUUUAAAUGGAUCAGGCGCUAAAAGUUCUAAUACAUUCAAAGAAUUAUAUGUUCUGUGGUUUGAUGAAGAAGGAAAUGAAACACAAUAUUUAAAAUCUCUGGAAAAACAGGGAAUAAAUUUAACUAAUGUGACCAGUUUUUUAACUGGAUCAUCUACUAAAGCUCCUCAAACAUUUAAAGAUUUAUACGAUUUGUGGAUCGAUGAAGAAGGAAAUAAAACGAAAUAUUUAAAAUCACUAGAGAAAGAGGAAAUAAAUCUAACCAAUUUGUCCAGUAUCCUACAGGGAUCAGGUGCUAAAGCUCCUAAAGUAUUCAAAGAUUUAUAUGAUCUGUGGUUUGAUGAUGAAGGACACAAAACAAAAUAUUUGAAAUCUUUAGAGGAAGAGGGAAUAAAUCUAUGUAAUGUGUCCAGUCUUAUAAGUGGAUCAGGCAGUAAAGCUCCUAAAGCAUUCACAGACUUAUAUGAUCUGUGGUUUGACGAAGAUGGACAUAAAACACGAUAUUUAAGAUCUUUAGAGAAUGAAGGAAUAAAUCUAGCUAGUGUAUCUAGUAUUUUAAGUGGAGUAAGAGCUAACGCUGCAACAGCUUUCAAAGACUUGUACAAUCUGUGGUUUGAUGAAGAAGGAUAUAAAACACAAUAUUUAAAAUCUCUAGAGGAAGCAGGAAUAAAUCUAGCUAAUGUGUCCAGUAUUUUAAGUACAUCAAGAGGUAACGCUGCAACGGCUUUCAAAGACUUACAUGAUCUGUGGUUUGAUGAAAAAGGAUGUAAAACAAAAUAUUUAAAAUCUCUAGAGGAAGAGGGGAUAAAUCUAGCUAAUGUAUCCAGUAUUUUAAGUGGAUUAGGUUCUAAAGCUUCUAAAACUUUCAAAGACUUAUAUGAUCUGUGGUUUGAUAAAAACGGACAAAGUACAAAAUAUUUAAAAUCUCUGAAGGAAGAGGGAAUAAAUCUUGUUAGAGUGUCUAGUAUUUUAAGUGGAACAGGAGCUAACGCUGCAAUAGCUUUCAAAGACUUAUACAAUCUGUGGUUUGAUGAAAAAGGAAUUAAAACAAAAUAUUUAAAAUCUCUACAGAAGGAGGGAAUAAAUCUAUCUAAUGUAACCAGUAUUUUAUGUGGAUCAGCCGCUAAUGGACCUAAAGUAUUCAAAGACUUAUAUGAUUUGUGGUUUGAUGAGGAAGGACAUAAAACAAAGUAUUUAAAAACUCUAGAGCAAGAGGGAAUAAAUUUAACUAAUGUGUCUAGUAUUUUGAAUGGAUCAGGCUUUAAUGCUUCUAAAGCAUUUAAAGACUUAUAUGAUCUGUGGUUUGAUAAAGAAGGACUUAAGACGAAAUAUUUAAUAUCUUUACAGACAGAAGAAAUAAACCUAGCUAAUGUAUCUAACAUUUUAUGUGGGUCAGGCACUAAAGCUCCUAAAGCAUUCAAAGACUUAUAUGACUUGUGGUUUGAUGAAAAAGGAUGUAAAACGAAAUAUUUAAAAUCUCUAAAGGAAGAAGGAAUAAACCUAGCACAUGUGACCAGUAUUUUAAGUGGAGCGGGCCCUAAUGCUUUUAAAGCAUUCAAAGACUUAUAUGAUUUAUGGUUUGAUAAAGAAGGACUUAAAACAAAAUAUUUAAAAUCUCUAGAGAAAGAGGGAAUAAAUCUGACUAAUGUGUCCGGUAUUUUAAGUACAGCAGGAGCUAAUGCUGCAACAGCUUUUAAAGAUUUAUAUGAUCUAUGGUUUAAUGAGAAAGAAUAUAAAACAAAAUAUUUAAAAUCUUUAGAAAAAGAAGGAAUAAAUCUAGCCAAUGUGUCUAGUAUUUUAAAUGGAUCGGGCGCUAAAGGUCCUAAAGCUUUCAAAGACUUAUAUGAUUUAUGGUUUAAUAGAGGACGUAAAACAAAGUAUUUAAAAUCAUUAGAGAAAGAAAAAAUAAGUUUCACUAAUGUUUCCUGUAUUUUAAGUGGUUCAGGCUCUAAUGCUCCUAAAGCAUUUAAAGACUUAUAUGAUCUGUGGUUUGAUAAAGAAGGAAAUGUGACACCAUAUUUGACUUUUGGAGGUCUCAAUGGAUCAAUUUAACUCUAUGUAACACUUCCGUCAGUUAAGUACUGUACUUUAUUUCACAUCAGUUCUUAAACAACUGCCGUUUAAAAACAAAUAGUGUGAAUAGAUCUAAGAAAUUCUGAUAUAGAUUUUAAACGUCGUAGCAUUCUCUUUAUGAAAAAUUAACAGUUAAAAUUACACUUACAUUAUGUUAACAAACACUGUGUUAAAAAAUAUUUUGCAAGUUUACUUUGAUUUGUCGCAAUUGUUACAUAAAUGCGAUAAGUGUGUCACAUCGGACGUAAACAAAAGAAUCAUUGAUACUUGGUUUUAUGAUUUUUCAUAUAAUAUCGUAUUGUACAGCAACCUUCUUUGCUAAUAAAGGCCUUUCUACUUCUUGUACAGGAUUAGGCGAUACGCCGCUUGAUAGCUCUUUCGAAUGACGUGGGAUCUAUCUUGAUCUGAGGCUAGUUAAUAUAAUAAUGGUAUAUGCUCUAUUUUUAGUUCAAGUUGGAUCAUUCCGGCAUAUUGCGAUUUUCAAUAAUUAAUCUUGUUAAUUAUUCCAAAGUAUGCAAAAUGAAAGAGAACGUUUCUGUUUAGUUCGAUCUGCUCCAUUACCCUUGAGUAGGUAGUCCGGUCAUUACCGAAAAUCUCAUGUGCUUGUAUAUACAUAUACAUACAUGUAUAUAUUAUUAUAUAUUUGAGCAACGUAUCUGCUUAUAAAGGAUACUUGAAAUUAUCACUAGAUACUGACUUUAAUACCACGAUAAGUUUUACUUUAAAGAUAUUUUUCUCCAAAAUUGAUGUGUAGAUCAUUGAUGUGUCAUUAAAAUCUUGUGUGAUCUCCGAAGGUUAAAAAUUCUAGAAAAAGAAGGAAUAACUCUAACUGUUCAUUUUGUGUGGAGCUAAUGCUGCAACAAUUUAUUUAAUCUAAUGAAAACUCACAGAGCUUUGAAAAUAAUAUAAAAGCAGAACUUAUAAAAAUAUUACAUGGAGGCACAUUUAUCUUAUUUUAUUGACUUUUAGUUUUUAAGUCAAAGAAUUGUUUGCUGUUUAAUUUCACGCGACGUUUGCGAAACUAAUUGUAAAUCGAAAUCGUUUACUCCAAACAUGAAACCAUGUUUUUCACGGAUUCAAAGUCGCUCAUUCCAAGUUCUGCAAUAUUCACGAAUGUGUAAAAUCUGUAUACACUUAUUUACACUUGUUUAUAUAAUAAUAACUGUAAAUAGUUCGUGUAAAUAUUUUUUUUUAUAUUAAUGUGAAAGUAACUUGCAUGUAAAAACUGUAAUUAUUAUACAAUCUUCAGGUUUUAUUAGAUUCUAUUAGGAAAGUUACCGGAAAAGUUUUGUUGUGUUUUUUUUUACAAUAGAAAACAGACGUGCCAAAAUCUAGAAAAAAAUAAUUUGUUUAUCAAAAUUUCCUUCACAUGCAAUAAUUAUAUUUCAAUGGAAAACAAAUUUAUUAUUGCUUUUAUAAAAGGCGUGACUUUAAAAAUGAGACUUUCUUAUUUUUAUAAGCUAUCAAUCUAUCUAUUUUUAAGCUUAAAUAAUCAUUGCAGAAACAAUAGUUUAGAAACAGAAAGGCUGUGAAACGUCCAUUAAAAAACUUCACUUCUCACUCCUAGAAAUUUUGACUUUUACAAAAACAGUAUGAAUAACCUUUUUAUCUGUGGGAAAUAAAGCUAUUAUAUUAUAGUGAUAACUAUUGUGAUGAAUCAAGUGAUGUCGUUCUAUAUUUUUUAUAUUUUUGCUUUUUGCAUUAAGAAACGAUAAAACUUUUUUGAUUAUCUAUAAUAUUAAGUUUUUUAUUAAAUGUUGUUUAGUACAUUUUUUGUUUGAUAUGUGUGUGGCUUACAAAUUUACAACAGAGGAUAAUAAUUUUCAAUGCAACUUUUAAAAAGUUAGAGUUAUGAUAGCCAAAAAUUUCCAAAAACUAAAAAAAAUUAAUUAUAGAUAAAAUUAGAGAUAAUUAUGAUUUUUAACGUGUAUUACGAAUUGUUCAUUUUACGGCACAAUUUCCGAGAAUGUUCUUCCGGGACAGUUUCAAAACAGUUUGGAAGCACGAUGUAUGAAAGUACUAUUCAGUGAUACAUUAUCCUCUUUCUGCAUUUAAUGUACGAGGGUGCGAGAUCUCGUCGUAAAUAGCGAUAUGCGAAACCAGAAGACUGUUUAAAAAAAAGUAGAAACAUAUUUAAACUUUUUGUUUUAUAUAAUUUUAUAAUAAAGUUACCGUUUUAUAAUCGGACUUAUGUUUAAGUUAUGAUAAAAAAAUUUCUGUCUAUUUUUAUCGUUUCUUAAGAAUAUCUUACUUUAACAAUUAAAUACUAAUCUGAACGUGUAUGUUUUCCUAUACAACUUGUCAAACUAUCUAAUCCAAUUAAAACAUGACAAUUUGCUGUAUGUAUAUGUGUAUGUAUGUAUAUAUAUUUACAAAUGUAUGUGUACAAAAUAUAAAAGUAAUUUAUGUUUAAAUAAUAGAAUCUCUAAAUAUUAAAAUAUUAUGAUAUUAUAGACGAAAAUGAAAGUUCGUUUGAUAGGUGGGAGGGAGAGGGGUGAGAGGGACAACUGAUAGGUAUAAGAUGUACGAUUAGUGACCGAUUAAGUAAGUUUAGUACGUUAAGUGACUGUAUAAACGGGAAAAUGUUUUAAUCAUUUUAAUAUACAAUCAGAUUUUAAUAUAAUCUUAAGGAGAACAAUAAAAGUAUAUUGUAAUAAAAUUUCUAAAA